CUUCAGCGAUUUCUUCUCUUUACUAAUAUACAGUUCCAUCGAGAUGAAGAUUGAUGAGAAAUUAUCACUGAACAGUCGCUGUUCGGCAAUCGAACCGGCCGACAAUGAGCUCUGAAAUAACAGUAGUUCCAGUAAAUGUCGCAUGGAUUGAUCAACGUCACAGUCACGACAUAAGCCUGCAAAUGAGAACCUUCUACCAAUCGUAUUCGGUAGUGAUGGCGCGUAACAAUCCAUUUUAUUUCCCGCUAAGUACAUCCAAAGAAUCGUACGGCGGCGUGGACACAGCGCUCGUACAGGCUCUGUCCCAGAGCCUUCAAGCCAAUUUUACUAUAUCGAUGUCUCCAGUGCGCAGCUGGGGUUCUUGUGGAUCACGCGGCAACUGCUCAGGCAUGCUCGGUAUGCUACAAAGAAACGAAUUCGAUAUCGCUUUAUCAGGGAUGUCAUUAUCAUACGAGCGAUACCGGGUUAUAGAUUUCAGCUUUCCGUACUUAGUGGACAGAAUUACAUUUGCUGUUCGACCACCGCAACUUCUCGAUCCUGCAGAUGCCAUCAUACGGCCAUUUUCACCUGAGGUUUGGUUAUAUUUGGCGGCAACAAUCGGGGUGUCCCUUAUAGUCCGCUGUGCAUCGUUACGUCUUCCUGAAAAGUUCCACGGCUUCGUCUCACUGCUGGAAAUCCACGGCCUCCUUCUUGGUAAAGGUUGUAGGUGGGUUCCAAGUUUGGUCUCGCAGCGUCUUCUUUUUUGCCUGUGGCUGAUGUUGUCGUUAGUUCUGUCGGCAAGCUACUCGGGUAAACUAUUCUCUUCAAUGACGCAUCCAGGAUUAGAAAACAUCAUUGACACAAUAGACGAAUUAGCAAAUGCAUUAAAGAAAGGAACUAUCGUGUGUGGGACGAUACGUGGGACUGACUUCGAAAAAGCUCUUCAGCAAGAACAUCCGCUGUCGCCUGUGAAUCAAUUGAUUUUACAUUCGCUUAUAUCGGAUGAUAACGCCGUGGGUAAUGAUGCUGAAGGAUUACAGCGUGUGCAACGUGAAAGGUAUGCCUAUAUUGGUGAAUACAUUGGUGUUCUCGCGGAUCUUUCGAGAUUCGAUUCCGUGUAUUUUGCGCCAGACUCCUUCCAGAUGGGUGCAUAUGGUAUUGCCAUGCGCAAAGGUCUCGGAAUCACAAAGCCUGUCAACCUUCUAGUAAUGCACCUUUGGGAGGCUGGACUCGUGGGAGUUUGGUUAAAAAACUCAACCAACUGGUUUAGUGAUAAUGAGUGGGCAGCCGUACAAACGCCAGAUCCCUUGACCUAUAGUCAGGUGAUAGGGGCAGUGCACAUUAUGUCUGCAGGUGUAUCUGCUUCGUUGAUCGCAAUCAUUUUAGAGAUCGUUGUAUACUACCGUACGGUGAAACAGGACAAAAAAUUCCGGGCUUUUAUGCAUCACGGAACUGGUCGUCACGACACCUAUUGAUAAACGUGGACGCAAUAUGCGUAUAAUAAGUGCAUAUGAAAUCAUGCUGGCAAGUAGAGCACGUGUGCCUACCUUAGAAUUCGAGCCAGAAUAGGACCUACUGUAUUCACCUACAACUAAUAGAACUGGUUAAUUAAAAGGACGCUUUUACCUCAUAUCAGUUCUCGUCAUAAUGAAAAAUUGUUAAAAUAAUGGGAUUAACAAACAGUGAAAGCCACUCGAUGAUUAUCUGACAUUUGUCUAAGUGUUACAUACAAAUCAACAGUUCUCCCCUCGCUUUAUCCGCCUGGCUAAAUAAAGCCAAAAAAGGAAAAAUAAAAUCAUUUUUAAAAUAGAUGAAUUUGGAGUUUUGAAAAAUAAAAUGGGCAUUUCAAAUGAAACAAUCCUGAUAUUAGAAAAUCAUAUUUCAAAUCUGAAGGCCAAGAGGGAGGCACAAGCGAAAGACCACUUAGAAAUUUAUUUUUUAGAACAAUGGCCGGCUACCACCAAACUGCAAGAUUAAGAGAAAUGUGUUUAAAAAUUUCUAUUGUUAAAUCUCGUUGAACAUGUAGAUGAUAUCGUAGCCUCACUGCACGGGUAGAGCGAAAAUCUUCAAUGGACCACACAAAUUUUGCUUCAUUUUCAGAAAAAAAAAAGUGAGGGAAUAGGUCAAACGCAGACUCGGAAACAAUGGGCUUGCAAGUGAAAGGAAUUAGUAAACCUACUUUUUAUAGUAUUCUAUGUUUUCUGUCCCCUAUACUAAAGAAGCAGUACGAUGUCCAAUUUUUAACACAUGUCAGGAUUAUUGGCACCUUGAGGCAAUCCCUCUCAGAUUUCAUGGGUGUAUCCCACCAUUUUUCUUGUCUUAAAUACAAACACACAUACACGGUUUUGAGUUUUGCGCAAAAAACGUAAGCAACGCCGUAAGCUGAUGCGUGAUUGUGGCGAAGAACUCACAGCUACUUUUCUACUAGACACUCACGUUUGGUGACCUGCAAUGAUGUGUUGUAGGUCCAGCUUCGUUUUAAAUGCGUUAAAGUUUUUCUAAAAUAUUAUUAACGAGAUUGUACUUGCUUGAAACUCGGCCUCGUCGGCAUAUUCUCAGUUGAGAGCUCCUUUUGCCUUGAAGCUACCUUCGAAUACAAGCUACUAUUUUUCCUAGGUUUUCGUUCGCUGCGCCAGAUCGCCCUGAACCAAGGUCGUAUUUAGGCUCUGUCGUUUGUUGGUCCGCUCAGACACUAAACUCCGAAAAGCCUUCAGCAGUAUUUGUACCGCUGAUCGAAUUUUUCGAAUGACGUAAUUUACACUUAAAGAAGUAUCUUUGUAAGUAAAAAUGUCUUUUGUAUCGCUUCUUAAAGUUGCUCAUGUUAAAGCGCUUGCAACAGACAAAGCUCACAUUUAAGUGCUUUGAAAUUUUGUCCAUGAAUAGCAAACAGACAAGUAAGCGUGUACUACAAACUUAGCUAUGGGUCCAUAGUCGAUACCUUUUUGAUACAGUCAUAUAGGAAUGCAUUUUUCCUAUUAGAUAACGUGUGUCGUAUAUCAAAUGAUGUAUUUCGCUAUAUGUAUUUCGCCUAAUGCCGUACAGACAGAUGCUUUGAGGUGUUCAGGAACAGUUAUUGAAACAGUGCUCUCCUACGUACAAAGAAAAAAAAAUGUUUUGCAGUAAAUGUACGAUGUCGUCAUUGAAUGAUUUGAUUUAUUCAACGUAUCAUUGCUAUGCUAUUAUAUCUUCUGUAUGGUCUAUUGUACCUCCUGAUCCAAUGAGACCAUUAUACAUCGGUCAGGAAGAUGCAAACGAUAUUGUGUUGCAUACUUUCAAUAUAAUUAAUCUCCUUAUUGUAGCCUAUCUGUAGGUCCCGUUUAAACCACUUGCAAAUUUAGCGUUUACUCGAUGUUAGAAAGCGGUCUGUUUGUUCACACACGUAGUCCGCAGUUUCGAACCCUUCGUACCCAAAAGAUUUCCCAAGACCCCUAUUCGGAGCUAGCAAUAUCCUUCCCUUUCUUACGGAAAAGAAAAAGGUAUAAAAAUGUUCACUACUCGAAACCACUGAUUAUGGGCUUGUAUGUACGGAGGAGAAUGAAUUUCGGACUUCGUAAAUAUACUGACACAACCGAUGCCAUGACCUAUUGAUAAUGAAGUACCAUAGUGAAAACGGACCGAGGGCCUGUUCGUGCAAUGACUAGACAUGAAAAUGGUUCGUACGCAGCCGCGAUAUACGGAUAACGAAUGCAGUUACUUUCUCAUGAACUUCUGCUGAGUGUGAUCAGUGUCACCCUGACUAGUGUUCCACUCUCUCGCUCCUGCGAGACCUUAAGUCAUUAUAAUAUAGGUAAUAAUAUGGAGUUAUGAAACUGCGGUUGGCAAUAAUACUUGGUUUCUAAAAUACGUUCUAACAAAACUCCUGUUCGGAUCAGGCUGGAAAUAUUCGCAGUUAGCGUUUUACGGAUUACUAUUAUUAUUCUUUUCCGCGAUCCUUUUGUCGGAAGGUCGAAGUUUGCUCCACGAAACCGAUCCGGGGCAAGUUUGCAUUUUUAAUAUUUAUUUCGUAAAUGUUCUAUAUGUAACUUCUAUUAUUCUAUUUUUUAUAGGCUAUUUAACGUUCAUUAUAGUCAAUUUUAGUUUCAUCUCAAUGUUUUUUGAGCAUUUGCCUCCAGUAACUCUACCUUGUGAAUACCUGUUGUAGUUCAGGGGCCCUGUAUGCAUACGACGCAGAAAAAUCAAUAUUUUUCCGCAUAACCAGCUCACUCUUUUAAUAAUUAGCCUCAUUUUGAGAGUUCUACUACUGAAGCACUGCAACACAAACCGUAUGAGGUAAGUUGUAACGGGCAAAUGUUUGCUUGCGCCUUGGAACACGAUACGACUGAAGCGAUCAACGAAAAAACACCCGUACUAGACGAUAGGUCCGAAAGAAUCCAUUUCUACUAAUGAUUAAAUGCAAGCUUUUGCUUACUUCUUGUGACUGUCUUCCAUGGAUACCAUCCAAUCAAGUCGACAUAGGCGUGCGCAUCGAAUGAGUUCGGAUAGCUAGCACAAAACUAUAAAUGUCUCUAUUUCAGAACAUGCACACUUUAUCCGCUUAUGCCUAAGUCACUCAUCGCUCUCACGCUUCCCCUUUCACACAUGCCAUUUUUUGGGGUAGGUACCAACCUAAAUGUGCCAAACAUUUGCCGUAAUCAAUUGUUCACGAUGAUCGUCAUGUAUUUAGUUAUUUAUAGCUUACCAUCCUUUUCUUUAGUCUUACUCCGAUACUUCAGUUGUCCUUACUGAAAAUCACACAAUGACUUCACAUACCGUGCUUCUUACUAUGGGUUUUAUACUCGUUUCAUCCAUCUGUAUCCUUCGCAAAUAUUUAUUAAUUUUUCACUAAUUUUGCAGGAACUGUGCUAUUUAGUCUUUUUAUAGGUUAUUGAAAUCGAUACUCUCUAGCCGACUCCGAUCGAGCUCUUUGUGCUACAAAAGCAAUUGCCCAUGCCCUGAUUCGAAGAAGAUGUUCAAUCGUGGCUUUAUGAAAUAUUAAUGAAGAAUUACACCAUUACGAGUUACACACGAAUCAGACCCCGCACUGCGCGUUCGUAUUUUUAGUGAUUUUUUUUAUGUUUGGUCUUCAAGCGAAAAAAUCCUCGCCAGCUGUUCAGCAAAAGAAACCUUAGUGCAUAGGGAAUGCUUGAUCAGCAUGGAACCGACAGUAGUUCGGUGUAAUCUGUCAUUCAAAUGUCCUGCUCACUUCAGCCUUUAUGCGUGGACCUUAGCCUUUGCCUAUCGAAGUCAUGCUCAAAUGUGCGCAGGCUUAUGUCUUCCUAAAUCGUAGCGUGGAGCCCAUUGUAUGUGGAUAAAAAAAAGUCUGAUGAAAACGAAAAUUUCAUUUUUUUUUUCCUGUUUCGAUAAUUCUUGUUUAUGGUUAUUCAGUUCGCUUACUUCUGCUCCCACGUCUUACCCUCCCCAGUAUGCAAAAUUAAGUAGUCUUAUUAUUAGCUAAUGUAAGCCUGCUUAUCCAAUAUCUAAGCUGUACUCUGAGUAGCAACAGUGAGUCAAUUAUCUCGGGACCUGGCUGUUUUUUUUUUCGGCGGGUCUCAAGGCAGUUUCUGAUUGUAUUUUCACUUGGUUUUUUUUCUGGGUUCCAUUACAAUGUGUACAUUCUAUUUACAUUUCGCGCUUGAUGACUCCC